CAUUUCAGCAAAACUUGAAACUCCUAAAUCAAUAAAAAAAAACAUGUCAAAUCUAAGUAAAACUACUGCCUCCCUGGUAAAGCGCAGCACUUUUUCGGCAGCUGCAACACCAUCAAUGAUUUCACAGCAUAUCACACCACAACCGGAAUCACAUGGAAAUGAAGUCAAUAAUAAAUCUCGCAGUAAAUUAAGUCAAAACAAUUCCAAAUCGAAUAAUGCCGAUAAAAUACGUUCCUAUAAUGAAGUACCUGGUCCCUGGGGCAUGCCGUUUAUUGGCAAUUCUUGGCGUUUUGCACCAGUUAUUGGUAAGUGUUACAUGUUUGCUAUUUUAAAUAUAUAUGUUUAUGUGUGUUAUGGGGGCAAUAGCUGAAAAAUUAUAAUAAAA